CAUGAUUCGGAACCGGCGCCAACCUUCUCAACUUGACCGUCAUCAUCACUACUUUCCAAACCAAUUCCCUUUCCCCUGGUUGAACGAUGAACUACAGAGGUGGAGAGCGAGGUCGUGGUCGCGGAGGACCGCCUGGAGGACGCGGGGGCGGGGGGCGUGGUGGCUAUGCUGGGACUGGGGCUGGUCAGCGAGACCAGGGAGGAGGCGUAUUUUCUCCUGGCCCGGCUAACAUUGACCCUCGUUUGACGGACGGGUCCGAUCAGGCUCUCGUCGAUUCCUUCCGUUCUCUCAAAAUAAACGCAAAUGAUUUACCACUCCGACCUGGCUUUGGGAAGGAAGGGAAGCAAGUCAAGUUGCGUGCCAAUUUCUUCCCUGUCAAAGUUCCAAAGACCCUUUUGUACGAAUAUGACGUCGCAAUCUCACCGACUGCUGGAUCUGCAAACCGCCGGGUCAAACGGCGAAUUUUCCAACUCGCAGAGCAAUCGACAGACUGGUCUAGAUAUGGGCUACAAGGAACUGUUGCUCAUGAUCAUGCGUCCAAACUCAUUGCAUCGAAGAAACUUCCCCAGCCGAUAGAGAUUCGAGUUCCCUUUUACGACGAGGACGAGACCCGUCCUGGCUCCAAUGGCAAAGAGUACACUUUAGCAAUAACAUUCAUACAGAAUAUUGAUCCUUCUCACUUGAUAAACUAUUUGGCCGGACAGCCACAAUAUCGUGGCUACGACAUACUUCCCAUCAUCUCUGCCCUUAAUAUAGUCUUAGCUGCACAUCCUAACCGAACAUCGCAAGGUGGAGGUGUCCUCGUUGGUAGAAACAGGUUUUUCUUCGCAACAGCAGCUGCCCCCCCGGUACCUCUUGGCGGGGGUCUUCAAGCGUGGAGGGGAUUCUAUUCUUCUGUGCGUCCUAGCCACAAUCAAUUGAUGGUCAAUGUCAACGUUUGUACAACUGCAUUCUAUGUUCCGGGAAACCUUGCGGAAGCCAUGGUGACAUUCAACAACGCUAGCUUCGGCGCUAGAUAUACUGCAUUUGUCAAAGGCGUCCGAGUGAAGACAACGCAUCUUGGUUACAAGAAGACAGUCAAGAGUGUUUCAAAUCUGUUACCCAAACAGCAUACUUUUGACUGUGAAGAAUUGGGCGGAAAGGUCAACGUCGAACAGUACUUUCUAAAGAAGUAUCGUUACAAAAUCCGAUAUCCACAGCUUCCACUCAUAGAUGUCGGCGGUCAAAAAGCAAAUCUGCUUCCACCCGAAGUCUGUGAAAUUUUGCCCAACCAACCUUUCAAAGGCAAGCUCAGCGAUGAAAAUACGGCGGCGAUGAUCAAGGCUGCUGCCAAGCCACCGAAUAUCAAUGCGACGGCGAUCAUGAACGCGGGUCUGAAUGAACUCGGAUUCCGUCAGGGUGCAGCACCUUUAGGUGCAUUUGGUAUCAGCAUUGGACCAGAUAUGACCGUUGUCCCGGGGCGGAUCCUCCCGACCCCAGGUAUCACUUACAGCAUCGGACAUCCAGACGUUGAUGCCAAUAAAGCCAGCUGGAACUUGAGGAAUGUUAAAUUCUUGAAGGGCGGAAAGCUUGCUCGUUGGCUCGUUCUACUCAUCGCUGACGGGAACCACCGAGAAGAGUUCUCCGGGCCGGACGACCCGGAGCUCAAACAGACAGUCAAUGGGUUCACAAAUAUGUGCAAGAAUAGUGGUAUGUCUGUUGAGCCCCCGAUGGCAUGUUUAUCCGCCGCUCUCCCCGUCAAGGAGCGUGCCGAUCCCAUAAGAUCUCAAGCGAUAGACAAGAUAAGAGCUACGUUGCGCAGCCAUCCCCAGAAGCCAAAUUUCGUCCUGGUGAUUCUCUCAAGCAGUGACAAGCAUGUUUAUGCUGGACUAAAGCAUCUCUGCGACGCUUAUCUGGAUGUUCCUACUGUGUGCGUGCACGCCGGGAAGAUACGGAAGGAUAGAGGUCAAAUGCAAUAUUUUGCAAAUGUCGCGUUGAAGGUUAACAUCAAAACGGGUGGCGCAAAUCACGCCUUGGACAAGGAAGGUAUGAAGUGGCUUCAUGCUGCUCAAACAAUGUUGGUCGGUAUCGAUGUGACCCAUCCUGGCCCUGGCAGCGUCAGAGGAACACCUUCCAUUGCAGCGGUUGUCGCCAGUGUCGAUUCCUACUUUGCGCAGUUUCCCGCUAGCAUGCAGCUGCAAGAAUCCAAGAAAGAGAUGGUUACAAAUCUUGCGGUGAUGAUGUUUGAACGGUUAACUCUGUUUCGCUCUAGGAACAGGAGACUUCCUGAGCGUGUAUUGGUAUAUCGAGAUGGGGUAUCUGAGGGUCAACUCAUGACUGUCGUUGAAGAAGAGAUGCCUGCGAUUCGGGCCGCUUUCCGGAAGUUCGACACACCCCAACAGAAGUACUCUCCUAAGCUGUCUAUCGUCGUUUGUGGGAAGCGACAUCACACGCGCUUCUACCCUACAGAUGCAGCUGGCGCCGACAGUAAUGGUAAUCCGAAACCGGGAACUGUUGUGGACCGUGGUGUGACUGCAGUGUACAACUUUGACUUUUUCUUGCAGGCCCAUGCUGGCCUUCACGGGACAACGAGGCCAACGCAUUAUUAUGUUGUUUAUGAUGAUAUUGGAUUUAAAGCGGACGAGCUUCAGACGCUAACGAACCAUAUCAGUUAUCUGUAUUCCCGCGCUACGAAGGCAGUCAGUCUAGCGUCUCCGGCCUAUUAUGCAGAUAUGGCUUGCGAGCGAGGAAGAUGCUACAUCCAUAAAUUACUCCAGGGCAUCACCAACGUCAACCUAAAUCAUGUCGAUGCGGAAAACCUUGUUAUGGAAGAGGCACAGAGAUUGUGGAAUAAUGGCGUUUCGGGACCUGUCAUGAAGGACACCAUGUAUUAUCUAUAAUGUAUCUCAUUAUGUACCAC